AUGCCUCCCAAGAAGACCGAGGGCGCUGCCGCUCCCGCCACCAAGACCAAGGCCAGCCACGGCACCUACCAGGACAUGAUCACUGAUGCCAUUGUUGCUCUCAAGGACCGCAAUGGAUCUUCCCGUCAGUCCCUGAAGAAGUACGUCAAGGCCAACAACCAGAUCAGCGACACUGUGAGCGACAACAUGUUCGACUCGCUGUUCAACAAGGCCAUUCGCGUCGGUGUUGAGAAGGGCGUCUUUGAGCAGCCCAAGGGCCCCUCUGGUGGCACCAAGCUGGCCAAGAAGGCCCCCAAGCCUGCCGAGAAGAAGGAGAAGAAGCCUGCUGAGAAGAAGGCCCCCGCGAAGAAGGAGGCCAAGGAGCCUAAGGAAAAGAAGGCUGCUGCUCCCAAGAAGGCCGCCGCAAAGAAGGAGACCAAGGAGCCCAAGGAGAAGAAGGCCACCGCUACCAAGGCUGCUGCCCCCAAGAAGGCUGCCGCUGAGAAGAAGGAGAAGAAGCCCGCUGCCAAGAAGGCCGCUGCUGAGAAGCCCGCCAAGGAGGACAAGCCUGCCGUGCUCAGCAAGACUAAGACUGGUCGCGUCACCAAGACGGAGAAGAAGGCUCCCGCCGCCAAGAGGGAGACCAAGGAGACCAAGGAGAAGAAGGCCGCCGCUCCCAAGAAGGCUGCCGCUGCCCCGAAGAAGGCGGCGCCCGCAAAGGCGGCGACCAAGAAGGCCGCCGCUGAGAAGAAGGAGACCAAGGCUGAGGCUCCCGCUGCCUCCGCAUAA